AUGGAACCAGAGUCGAUAAACCCAAAAGAGACGGCGGAUGUCCUUGACGAAAAGGCACCGCCGACUACCGCGCCGAGUAGUAAUGCGACAACUGAGGAAGAGAAGGCUCGACGCGAUGCUAAACUUCGACCUGAAAGGGAGGCGAAUUUCAGUGACUAUGUGAGGAUUUUCAAAUAUGCCAAAUUCUGGGAUAUCGUCCUUAUGCUUGCUGCAGCAGUAGCGGCUGCAGGAUCUGGUAUCACUCUUCCGUUGAUGAACAUUGUAUUCGGUAAAUUGGUCGGCGACUUCAAUGGCUACUUUCUUCCCCAACCUACGCAGUCCGAAGCCGAUUUCAGGACCUCUCUUAACAGGAAUGCAUUAUACAUCUUCCUUUUGUUUGUUGGAAGAUUCACCCUGACUUACAUUAACAAGUUUGCUUAUCGGUUGAUUGGUAUUCGGAUGUCCGCUGCGAUCAGACUCGAUUACCUGCGCCACCUGUUCAGUCAAACGAUUCACGUCCUCGACUCAAUGCCUCCUGGUUCUGCAGCGGGGACGAUUACAACCACAGCGAAUACCUUGCAGUUGGGAAUUUCGGAAAAACUGGGCACUUUCGUCGAGUUCAUGGUAACAAUUAUCGCCGCCACUAUCAUCGCUUUCGUCUACAGCUGGUCCUUAACUCUAGUAACGUGCUCCGUUCUCGUCUUUAUUACGCUCACUGUCGGCACGAUCGUCCCGUUUUACUUCAAAGGCACGACACGAGUGACCAAAGCCGAGACGAAAGCAUCUUCAGUAGCCAGCGAGGCAUUCUCGGCUAUUCGCAUGGUAGUCGCCUGUGGCGCCGAAGCCCAAGUAACCAAACGCUUUGCCGUCUGGGCGCAACAGGCGAAGAAACAUGGCCAGAGAACAUCCCCCCUAUUGGCCUUGCAAUUUAGUCUGGUAUUCUUCGCGGUGACAUGCGCGUUCGCCCUUUCCUUCUGGUAUGGCGCGAAAUCGUUUAUUGAGGGCCGCCUCAACGAUGUCAGCACUGUUAUCAUCGUGCUCAUGUCCGUUAUGAUGAUGGUAUUUUCCCUCGAGCGGAUAUCCACGCCCCUUAUCGCGCUUGGAAAGGCGACGGUCGCCGCUUGCGAGUUCUUCACCGUUAUCGAUGCCCCGCGACCCGAACCUGGAACGCUUAAGGAUCCCGAAGUUUCCGCGAGUAAUGAUAUUGUGUUUAAGGACGUUGAUUUCGCGUACCCGAGUCGGCCGCAUGUUAAGGUGUUGGAUCAACUUAAUCUCACCAUCGAGGCUGGUAAACUUACAGCUAUUGUUGGGCCUUCGGGAUCGGGAAAGAGUACGAUUAUUGGUUUGAUCGAACGAUGGUAUACUUUGCGUGACCAAUACAUCAUUGCGAAGGCUACCGAAAAGGACAAGGAUGGAAAGAAGGGCAAGGAUAAAAAGAAAAGCGACGAUGACUCGGACGGUGAAGCCCCAGCCCCCGAACCUGAAGAAACUGGUCCAGCCGUGGAGUUGAAGGGAUCUAUUUCUACCUGCGGGCACGAACUAGACGAGAUCAACGUAAAAUGGUGGCGUUCCCAGAUCGGAAUUGUACAACAGGAGCCAUUUUUGUUCAAUGACUCGAUUUACAAGAACGUCGCACACGGACUGAUAGGUUCAGAGCUUGAAAAUGAAUCUGAAGAACGAAAAAAGGAGCUGGUUAUCGAGGCUUGCCAAGAAGCUUUUGCGGACGAAUUUAUCGAUCGACUCCCGGAUGGAUAUGACACCCUUGUAGGAGAAAAUGGUUUAAAGCUUUCUGGAGGACAGCGUCAACGAAUUUGCAUCGCUCGAGCGGUUAUUAAGAGACCUAAGAUCCUUAUCCUCGACGAAGCUACCUCCGCGAUCGAUGUCCGAGGUGAACGCAUUGUACAGGCCGCGCUCGACAAGGUAUCCCAAAACCGAACCACAAUUACCAUCGCUCACCGACUCUCAACAAUUAAAAAGGCAGACACUAUUGUGGUCCUGAAGAAGGGCAGUGUUGCUGAAAAGGGAACUCACGACUCCCUUUUGCAGAAUGAGAACGGUGUUUACUAUGGUCUCGUCCAUGCUCAACAACUCUCACUUGGGGAGCCUGAUGAUGCCGAUGACACUGACAAGCCAGAAGAAGAAGAUCUUAGCGCGAUUCUUAGCCGUGAAAAGAGCGCGGCGUUCUCUGACACUACAGAGACGCCAACGGCGGCUGGGUGGAAAAACCGAGGUAUUCUUGGAAGUUUCGGAAGGUUACUGUACGAAGAACGAUCUCGCUUCCCUAUUUACGGUAUUAUAGUCGUGGCUGCUAUGUGUACAGGAGCUGCCACCCCAGUCCAAGCGUAUCUUUUCGGAAAGAUCAUCAUCGUCUUCGCCUACGUCGAUGAUCUAGCUAAAAUGCAAUCUGAAGCCAACUUUUGGUCCUUGAUGUGGUUCAUCCUCGCCAUCGCUACAGGUCUUUCGUAUUUCGUCGUCGGAAUGGUAUCAAACAAUCUGGCUCACCACAUCUCCGCGGAAUAUCGGCAGCAGUACUUCGAAAACAUACUCUACCAAAAGACUUCCUUCUUCGACGAACAAGAAAAUUCAACAGGUUCGCUAACAGCUCGAGUCGGUAGCGAUCCGAAACAAUUGGAGGAAAUGCUUGGUUUCAACAUGGCUAUGGUUUAUAAUUCGUUCUUCACUCUUAUCGGCUGCUUGAUCAUAGCUUUUGUUUUCGGAUGGAAGCUUGCCCUCGUCGCUACAUGCGUCACGGUUCCCCUUGGACUCGCAGGCGGCUACCUUCGCGUCCAAUACGAACUAGAAUUCGAAAAACUAUACGCAGAGGUCUUCGCCGAGUCGUCCAAAUUCGCCGCCGAAGCUAUCUCAGCCUUCCGCACCGUCUCCUCGCUUACUCUCGAAGACGCCAUUUGCGACCGUUACCAAGGUUUACUCAACCACCACGUCGUAACGGCGUUCAAGAAAGCAAGAUUAAGAACCCUGGUAUUUGCCUUCUCCGAUAGUGUCAGUUUAGGCUGCCAGGCCCUUAUCUUCUGGUACGGCGGUACGCUUCUCGCUUCGCGAGAGUACAACGGUUUGAAUUUCUUCAUCUGCUACAUGGCUGUAAUCCAAGGCGCCGAAUCCGCCGGCCAAGGCUUCAGCUUCGGCCCCAACGCAGCGCAAGCCUCCGCCGCCGCAAACCGCAUCCUCAGUAUCCGCGAGUCGCGUAACAAAGACCUAAGCGACGAAAAGUCUAAAAUCCCCGAUUCAGAAGGCGGUAUCAAGAUCGAGCUCAAGGACGUACACUUCAAGUAUCCGUCGCGCAACGUGUCCAUCUUCAAGGGCCUCAACAUCACCAUCGAAAAAGGGCAAUUCGCGGCUCUGGUCGGCGCUUCGGGGUGUGGAAAGACGAGUAUUAUUUCCUUGCUGGAGCGCUUUUAUGAUAUCCAGCGUGGUCAGAUACUGGCUAAUGGAAUGGAUAUCGCGGAUGUGAAUGUGUAUUCGUAUCGAAGACACUUAUCCCUCGUUGCGCAGGAACCGACUUUGUUCCAGGGUACGCUGCGUGAGAAUAUAUUGCUGGGUGUUGAGGGUACUGGUGUGACGGAGGAGGAGUUACAUGCGGCGUGUCGCGAUGCUAGUAUUCAUGACUUUAUCGUGUCGUUACCUGAGGGGUACGAUACCGAGGUUGGUAGCCGUGGUGUCUCGUUAUCGGGAGGUCAGAAACAGCGUGUGGCUAUUGCCCGCGCGCUUAUCCGUCAUCCCGAUAUCUUGUUGCUUGAUGAGGCGACCAGUAGUCUUGACUCCGAGAGCGAAAAGCUUGUUCAGAAGGCCUUCGAGAGGGCUGCUGCGGGCCGCACUAUGGUCGUGGUGGCGCAUCGUCUUGCUACUGUGCAGAAUGCCGACGUCAUUUUUGUGCUAGGUGAGGGCAAGGUAUUAGAGAAGGGGUCGCAUGCUGAGUUGCUGCGGAAGAGGGGUGUCUAUUGGAAUAUGUGCCAAAGUCAGGCUCUUGAUAGGUAA